AUGAGUUCUACGGCCGAUCAGGAUGAGCUCGCACCGAGCCAAACACCUGGUUACAAAGUAGGUGAAAAGAAGACCAUUGAUGAAUAUAAUUCUAUGGACACUACCGACGAAUCUCUUAAGAGGUGGAAAGCGUCACUUGGCUUGGGCAAGUCAACUGGUAAGCAAGCUCUUGAAAAUGUCAAAAACAGACCCUUCGUUAUCAAAGAAGGUGUCGAAUAUCAAAUGAAAGAAAUGAUUGGUAGUUAUGGUCCAAGUGAUGAACCUUAUGAGAAGAAAGUAGGUCUUCAUUUAUGGUCACGUUGCGGAAACAAUAAAUAA